GAACAAGGACACUGAGUUUGUGAAGCUUCUGGCCUCACCAGAAGAUCAGCAGCGUUUCGAGGGCCUGACCUCAAGGCCGCAAGACAAGUCUGCUCUCGCGCAUGCUGUGCACCUUUCUAUGCGGGACGGCGUUGGUAACGUGGUUCCCGUUGAGGUUUUCCAUGUCCGCACAGAAGACGUGGACAAUCAGCCGCGACAUUUGGUGGGCAUCCGGGAGUACAGCGAGGAGCUGCGGCCCCAGCCAAGCUUUGGCUCGAGCUUCGUCGGCAGCCUGAGCUUCACUUCGCAAGCACCGCAAGCGCCGCCUUCUGCGCUGCAGACGGCUGUCAGGAACGGCCAGGCCAGCGACUCCGACGAGUCUUCCAAUGAAACUGCAGGCUCCAAGCACAGUUUGGAAGAGGCCUGGGUCCUCAUUGACGCCACCUCUGGACUGCAGAUUCUAGGUGCUUCCAGCGUGUUCGUGGAGAAGACCAGCGUGGAGUUCAAUGACAGUUCCCACUUUCUGGAUAUCGUGGCAGAUGAUGAGCGCAGCUUCUUCAUGUCCGCCUUCCUACAGAAGUUCGAAGCAGCGGCAGCGGAGAGGACCGGCGAGUUCCUCCUCUCCUUCACUGCAGCACUUCCUGAGGGUCCCUGCAGGACAAGGUGGAGGUUCAGGCCCGAGAUGCAUGGCGAGAUGUUCUUGGUCCGCGGAGUACUCCGGCGACUCAAAAAGAUAUCCAAGCUGAA